AGGAGUACUUUUCUGUUGUGGUCAGUAAUGGCACAAGAGAAGAGAUCGACGGGGGUUGUGAAAUGGUUCAGUGGGCAGAAGGGAUAUGGCUUCAUUACUCCAGAUGAUGGGAGUGAGGAUAUAUUUGUUCACCAAUCGUCGAUCCGUGCAGAUGGGUUUAGGACUCUUGCGGAUGGUGAGCAGGUUGAAUUUGAGAUCGGACGAGGUGAUGAUGGACGAACGAAGGCUGUCGAUGUGACUGGACCGAAUGGUUCGCAAGUUUCUGGUGUUGGUUUUGGUGGUGGUGGUGGUGGUGGACGUGGGUUUUCCGGCGGAAACGGCAGGGAUGGCGGUUAUGGCAGUUUCGGUGGUGGGUUUGGAAGAGGAGGAUGGCGAAGUGGUGGAAGAGGAGGGAGAUCAGGGGGAGGAGGCUAUGGUGGUGGUGGUGGUGGUGGUGUUGGUGGCGCGUGCUAUACUUGUGGGAAAACUGGUCACUUGGCAAGGGAUUGUUUUCAAGGCAGUGGUGGUGGGAGAUUCGGCGGCGGCGGUGGUGGUAGAUACGGCGGCGGUGGUGGUGGGGGGAGAUACGGUGGCGGUGGCGGUGAUAGUAGUUAUUACGUUGGUGGCAGGGGUUGUUAUAAUUGUGGUGAGAAAGGGCAUAUUGCGAGGGAAUGCCCAAACGACCAGAGAUGAGAUCAUGAGAAAGAGGUCAUUUUCUUGCUGCGUUGGGUGGGCAAUUUGGUAUUACUGCUCUCGAUUUGGUUUUCUUUUUUGUGAAUGGUCUUUAUAAUCUUCUGGGACGAUGUUGUUGGGGAAAAUGUCGAGAGAAGGGGUUAGAUCGUAUCAGAAUGGCCGUUCUAUGGUCAAAUUUUCUGCUUCUCCUUUUUGGGGGGUUGAUUCUCAUGCUUUUUCUGAGUGUUGUGGAUAAAUUGUUUACAGAAGAUAUAGUUUCUUCUUGUUCCUCCCUGGAAAGAUCUCUAUUACUUGUUAAUGAAAUCCCCUUUUUGUUG